ACAGCGCCCGCCCGACGGGCAGAGAACCGCAGGGAGUCUCCCUGAAGCCCCGCCUCUCGAGGGUGCCGAAGCCUCUCUUUCCCUGAAGUCAGCAGCCGCCAUCAGUCAUGCUCUUGAAUGGGGACUGCCCAGAGAGCAUGAAGAAGGAGGAGGGAGCAGCCGAGCCACCCAGGGAGAAUGGGUUGGAUGAGGCCGAGCCAGGAGAUGAGACCACUGGCCAGGAAGUCAUUGUCAUUCAGGACACGGGCUUUUCUGUGAAGAUUCUGGCCCCUGGGAUCGAACCCUUCUCCCUGCAGGUGUCCCCCCAGGAGAUGGUACAGGAAAUUCACCAGGUGCUCAUGGACCGAGAAGACACGUGUCACCGCACCUGCUUCUCGUUGCACCUGGAUGGUAACAUGCUGGACCACUUCUCAGAGCUGCGCAGUGUCGAGGGGCUUCAGGAGGGCUCAGUGCUCCGUGUGGUGGAAGAGCCAUACACAGUGCGCGAGGCCCGCAUCCACGUGCGCCAUGUCCGUGACCUGCUCAAAAGCCUGGACCCAUCAGAUGCCUUCAACGGGGUUGACUGCAAUUCCUUGUCCUUCCUGAGUGUCUUUACAAAUGGCGACCUGGGAGACAGCGGGAAGCGGAAGAAGGGCUUGGAGAUGGAUCCCAUUGACUGCACACCGCCUGAGUACAUCCUGCCAGGGAGCCGGGAGCGGCCAUUGUGUCCCCUGCAGCCCCAAAACCGGGACUGGAAGCCCUUGCAGUGCUUAAAAGUGCUCACCAUGAGUGGCUGGAACCCACCCCCUGGGAACCGCAAGAUGCACGGGGACCUCAUGUACCUGUUUGUGAUCACAGCUGAGGACCGGCAAGUUAGCAUUACCGCAUCCACGCGGGGCUUCUACUUGAACCAGUCCACAGCCUAUCACUUCAACCCCAAGCCCGCCAGCCCUCGCUUCCUCAGCCAUUCCCUCGUGGAGCUGCUCAACCAGAUCAGCCCGACCUUCAAAAAAAACUUUGCUGUGCUGCAGAAGAAAAGGGUCCAGCGCCACCCAUUCGAGAGGAUUGCUACCCCAUUCCAGGUGUAUAGCUGGACGGCCCCCCAGGCAGAACACGCCAUGGACUGCGUGCGUGCAGAGGAUGCUUACACUUCGAGACUGGGCUAUGAAGAGCACAUUCCUGGACAGACCCGGGACUGGAAUGAGGAGCUGCAGACGACAAGGGAACUGCCCCGCAAAAACCUGCCUGAGCGGCUGCUUCGAGAAAGAGCCAUAUUCAAGGUGCACAGCGACUUCACGGCCGCAGCCACACGGGGUGCCAUGGCAGUCAUUGACGGCAACGUCAUGGCCAUCAAUCCCAGCGAGGAGACCAAGAUGCAGAUGUUUAUCUGGAACAACAUCUUCUUCAGCCUAGGCUUUGACGUCCGUGACCACUACAAGGACUUUGGUGGGGACGUGGCAGCCUACGUAGCACCCACCAACGACCUCAAUGGCGUGCGCACAUACAACGCAGUGGAUGUGGAGGGGCUGUACACGCUGGGCACGGUGGUGGUAGAUUACCGUGGCUACCGGGUCACGGCCCAGUCCAUCAUCCCUGGCAUCCUGGAGCGGGACCAGGAGCAGAGUGUCAUCUAUGGCUCCAUUGACUUUGGCAAGACAGUGGUGUCACACCCACGGUACCUGGAGCUGCUGGAGCGCACCAGCCGGCCCCUCAAGAUCCUGCGGCACUGGGUGCUUAAUGACCAUGACGAGGAGGUGGAGCUAUGCUCCUCAGUCGAGUGCAAGGGCAUCAUCGGCAAUGACGGGCGCCAUUACAUCCUUGACCUGCUGCGUACCUUCCCCCCUGACCUCAACUUCCUACCUGUGCCCAGCGAGGAGCUGCCUGAGGAGUGCACCCGCGCUGGCUUCCCCCGCACCCACCGGCACAAGCUCUGCUGCCUGCGCCAGGAGCUGGUGGAUGCCUUCGUGGAACACAGGUAUCUCCUCUUCAUGAAGCUGGCUGCCCUGCAGCUGAUGCAGCAGAAAGCCAGCAAGCUGGAGAACCCCACCUGCCUGGAAAAUGGUGGGCCUCCCUCCUUGGAGUCCAAGCCUGUAGACCCUCCAGUGCCCGAGGUGGGAAGUGAGGAGGAGGGCAGCAGUGCUAGUGGCCUGGCCAAGGUGAAGGAACUGGCGGAGACGAUUGCUGCAGAUGACGGCACAGCAGACCCUCGCAGCCGGGAGGUGAUCCGUAACGCAUGCAAGGCAGUUGGCUCUAUCAGCAGCACGGCCUUCGACAUCCGCUUCAACCCGGACAUCUUCUCGCCAGGGGUUCGCUUCCCUGAGUCCUGCCAGGAUGAAGUUCGGGACCAGAAGCAGCUGCUGAAAGAUGCGGCUGCCUUCUUGCUCUCCUGCCAGAUCCCUGGCUUGGUGAAGGACUGCACGGAGCAUGCAGUGCUGCCCAUGGACGGGGCCACGCUGGCAGAGGUGAUGCGCCAGCGUGGCAUCAACAUGCGCUACCUGGGCAAGGUGCUGGACUUGGUGCUCCGGAGCCCAGCCCGGGACCAGCUGGACCACAUCUAUAAAAUUGGCAUUGGAGAACUCAUCACCCGCUCUGCCAAGCACAUCUUCAAGACAUACUUACAGGGAGUCGAGCUCUCGGGCCUCUCAGCUGCCAUCAGCCACUUCCUGAACUGCUUCCUGAGCUCUUACCCCAACCCUGUGGCCCACCUGCCUGCUGACGAGCUGGUCUCCAAGAAGAGAAACAAAAGGAGGAAAAACCGGCCCCCAGGGGCUGCGGAUAACACAGCCUGGGCUGUCAUGACCCCCCAGGAGCUCUGGAAGAACAUCUGCCAGGAGGCUAAGAACUACUUCGACUUUGCCCUUGAGUGUGAGACUGUGGACCAGGCCAUGGAGACCUACGGCCUGCAGAAGAUAACACUACUGCGGGAGAUCUCACUGAAAACCGGAAUCCAGGUCCUGCUGAAGGAGUACAGCUUCGACAGCCGCCACAAGCCCGCCUUCACCGAGGAGGACGUUCUCAACAUCUUUCCCGUGGUCAAGCAUGUCAACCCCAAGGCCUCGGAUGCCUUCCAUUUCUUCCAGAGCGGGCAGGCCAAAGUUCAGCAGGGCUUCCUGAAAGAGGGCUGUGAGCUCAUCAACGAAGCCCUGAACCUGUUUAACAACGUGUACGGAGCUAUGCACGUGGAGAUCUGCGCCUGCUUGCGCCUACUUGCCCGUCUCCACUACAUUAUGGGUGACUACGCUGAGGCCCUGAGUAACCAACAGAAGGCGGUGCUGAUGAGUGAGCGAGUGAUGGGCAUCGAGCACCCCAACACCAUCCAGGAAUACAUGCACCUGGCCCUCUACUGCUUCGCCAGCAGCCAGCUGUCCACGGCCCUGAGCCUGCUGUACCGCGCCCGCUACCUCAUGCUGCUCGUGUUCGGGGAAGACCACCCUGAGAUGGCACUGCUGGACAACAACAUUGGGCUGGUGCUGCAUGGAGUGAUGGAGUAUGACCUGUCGCUGCGCUUCCUGGAGAACGCGUUGGCUGUCAGCACCAAGUACCACGGGCCCAAGGCCCUCAAGGUGGCCCUCAGCCACCACCUUGUUGCUCGGGUCUAUGAGAGCAAAGCUGAGUUCCGGUCGGCCCUGCAGCAUGAAAAGGAAGGCUACACCAUCUACAAGACCCAGCUGGGCGAGGACCAUGAGAAGACCAAGGAGAGCUCUGAGUACCUCAAGUGCCUGACCCAGCAGGCUGUGGCCCUGCAACGCACCAUGAAUGAGAUCUACCGCAAUGGCUCCAGUGCCAACAUCUCACCCCUCAAGUUCACAGCUCCCAGCAUGGCCAGCGUUUUGGAGCAGCUCAACGUCAUCAAUGGCAUCCUCUUCAUUCCUCUCAGCCAAAAAGACUUGGAGAAUCUGAAAGCCGAGGUGGCACGGCGGCACCAGCUCCAGGAGGCCAAAAACAGGGAGAGGGCCGAGGAGCUAACAACCACAGAGCCUGAGCCUGCUGGGGCCCCAGAGGACAUGGGCUCCCAGCCCCCAGCUGCCAAGGACCCUUCUUCCCCAAGCUUGCAGGGAUAGAGAAGGAGACAGACGGACAGUCAAUCAUCGGCCCCGUUAUCAGUGAUCCAGACUCCAGGAGAAAGGGGGGCGUGCCUGCAGAUUAGAAGAGGACACAAGGCCCUCUUCUUCCAUGUUCCACCCCCACUCCCACCCCUAGCACCCUCCUGGGACCCUGGCCUGCCUGCCCCCCAAAAGAUGUUUUUGCACUGGUUCAAUGAAUAUACGAUGCAGAGGUCUAAUUGAAGACAUGUAAAUGGAGUAGAGUGUGCGGACAUCAGUUCCCAGUCGGGGGGGGCGGGUGCCCAGCAGGUGUGUGCGUGUGUGUCCAUGCCCGAGUGUCUCGAUCCGUCCUUCCUAACUUGUACAUAGCCCCAGGUCAGUUCCGAUGAAGUGCAGUUGGGAUUUCUCAGGUCAUUUGUAUGUUUGACAUAUGGCUGCUGCUUUUGCUGCCACUACCCCCGGGCCCAACCUGGCUCAAAGUCCAGGUUUUAAGCCAAAAAAGAUGGGGACUUUCCUGUGUCCUGGGAUGGGGAGCCAGAGCUCUGGCAGGGCUGUAGGGUUGGGGUGCACUUUAGCUUCUGGCAGGAUGAGAGCCACAGCGGCUUCAGGAAUUGUGUUCUAGCUGUAGCUCUGGGCUGAGGGGACGGGGUUGGCAAUGGUGGUCCCCAGACAUUGGGUGCCCAGCCCUGGCCUGUCUGCCCAUAGCCCAGCAGGAGGCGCUGCCACGGCUCUGACUUGCCUCCCUACUCCCUGCCUCCCAGGUGGGGAUAAACUUGGGAGCUAUAGUCUGAAUGUAUCCUUCUCCCCAUUUUAACCUGAGCUGCCUAACGCACAGUGGGGUGGGUGGGUGAGGGCCUGGGAGAACCGGGGCUGGAUCAUGGAUCCUGGGUAAAGAUGCAGGCGUGCUUGCCACCUCUCUGUGGAGCCCAGCUCCCAACCUGGUACUUGCCACAUGGCACCUUCUACUGAGAGGAGCUUUGGGGGUGGCGGGAGGCUCCGCAGGCCCGGCCAUUCCCUCUCUCCGCCUGCCUGUGCCGCUUCUCUGUGCCUGCUGUCGGUGCCCUGAUCGGGGAGGAGAUUGCCACCCUGUGAGCCCAGAGAGCUGUGUCCUCAGGCCUCUGCCUGGGGCUUCGUGGAGAGUUGCCUAUGGGUGUGAUCUGUCCACCUUGUUUCAAAGGGAGCAGGCGUGAGCUAGCAAGCAAAGCAUCCCCACAGCUGAUCAAGAACUUUUUCUUGUUUUUAAACCAUCACGUCUUCAUUUCACAUUGGAAUAAAGUGAGUUUUUGAAACCUG